AUGGUGUUCAAACAAGAACAACAGCUGAGCAGAGCCACCUUUGAUUCAAGGAGUGGGUUAAAGAACCAGGGUUCGAUUUCAGCUACCUGUCCUCUUCCAGAAUUGAUAAGACAAGGCGAACCAAGACAUGUUUUAACAACAUGGUGGUUGCUAGCUAAUGGAGGGCCAAUCGAAUGGGGUAACACCUUGAUUCAAUCAAAACUUGUCCCGGUCGUCUAUGGGAUCUCAGUCGUAACUACCUCAAUGGAACUUUACCUCCCCCAAUGGGCUACUAUGCGUUUGGUUGACCUCUCUCUCAUGGUAAACAAAUUAUCCGGCCCAUUUCCAAGAGUUCUCAGCAGAAUAACUACCCUUGUAAAUCUGUAG